AUAUAACUUAAUCCUUUAACCAAAGGAGUAAAAUCGUUUGUGAAUGUACGUGUUUCAUCUCGUAACAGCAACUUUCUUUUGCACGAGUGCUGCAUACGUCGAUCGACUGUGACUUGCACUGCAUGUGCGUUUAGUUAUUCAAUGUAAUGUAUUUAUACAAUACUUACUGUACGUAAGAUAGGCGUGCUAAAGUGUAAUGUGGUAAUUGAACUAUUGUGUUUUAGUUCAAGUGCAAUAGAACUGCGAUUAAGCUAAGUAAAUAGUGGUUCGGUCGAUUCUGUUCCUACUGGAACAGAGAGCGAGAAGAAAGUGCAAGUUUCAGGGGUGUCAACAGUGCAAGAUUUAGGGGUGUCAACGCCAAGAUGUGGGCGUGCGAUGCUGGUCUGACGUCCACGAUCGUGGAGAGCUACGCGGGCGCGGGGCCGCUCUUCGUGAACACGCUGCAGACAUUCCUGGCGGCGCACUGCGCGCUGGUGGGAGACCAUCUGUGGCCCGCUGAUGCCAAGGAGGAAGUGCUUAGAGAUCCGUACUAUGACUUCAUAGUGGUGGGCGCUGGCUCUGGCGGGGCGGUGGUGGCCAACAGACUGAGCGAGGUGCCGGAGUGGCGGGUGCUGCUGGUGGAGGCCGGAGGGAACCCCACCCUCGGCACUGAGUCGCCCCAAAUAUUCUAUGCCAACCUGAAAACCAAACUAAAUUGGGAUUACAAGACGGAGCCCCAACCAGGAGCCUGCGGGGCCUACAAAACCAAAGGAUGCUCGUGGCCACGGGGCAAGGUUCUGGGCGGCAGCAGCAGCAUCAACGCCAUGUUCUACGUGAGGGGCAACAAGGAGGACUACAACGAGUGGGCCGAGGCCGGCAACACCGGCUGGAGCUACGACGACGUCUUACCAUACUUCAAGAAGAGCGAAGAUUUUUACAAACCACUUACAUCAGAAACAGCCGAGCAUCACGGCUCCGGCGGAUACCUCCACGUGGAGCACACCGAGGAUGUCGCUGAUAUAGAAAAGCUGUUGCUCCAAGCAAAUGCUGAACUUGGUCUGGAAAUAACUGAUGAUAUAAAUGGAGCUCGACAAUUGGGCGUUACAAGGGCGCUAACUACAACCAAAAAUGGUGUAAGACAGAGUACUGCUCGAGCUUUUCUUAGCCCCAUUAGAGACCGCCCAAAUUUCCAUGUCUUAAAAGACACGCUAGCGACCAAAAUUCUGUUCAAGCCGAAUACGAAUGAAGUGGCUGGUAUUCUAGUCAAUAAAGAUGGUGAAGAUAUUGAAGUUUAUGCCAAGAAAGAAGUGAUAGUAUCUGCUGGAGCCAUUAACACUCCACAGCUGCUAAUGCUCUCCGGUAUCGGACCCAAGCAACAUCUCGAAAAAAUAGGGAUUGAAGUUAAAUCGGACCUACCAGUUGGUGAAAACUUACAGGACCACCCAUUUGUUGCCAUGAUGUUCACAACCAAGAGUGAUAGCGACCUCGCAUCUCUUCCAAAUAUUGUUGGAGGUGUCUCCCAGUACUUGCUACAUCAGAAAGGUCCAUUGGCCGAUUUGAGCCCUCACAGAAUUGUUGGGUUUACCAACACUUUAGAUCCAAAAGCUACUUUUCCAGAUGUUCAAACACAUUACGUUGUUAUGGUACCUAAUCUAACGAAUAUUGUCGAUUAUUUUGCUAUUCACGAUUCUUCGCAAGAAGUACAGGAACAAUUUCAGGAAAUUAUUAAAGACAACUUUGUUUUAAUUCCUUAUUCAGUAUUGCUUAAACCAAAUUCAAAGGGAAGAAUACUACUAAAGAGCAAAGACCCUAAAGACAAGCCAUUAAUUUAUGCAAAUUACUUUGAUGAUCCAGAGGACCUGAAAACUAUAAUCAGAGGCAUGAGGUUUAUAGCAAAGUUUCGAGACACAAAAUCAUUCCAGUCCAUUGGUUUAAAGUUGCGUUGGUUUGAGCUAGAAGCUUGCAAGGGGCUUGACGAAGAAUCUGACGAGUUCUACGAAUGCAUGGCGAGACAGAUGACAUUCUCCCUUUAUCACCCUACAAGCACGGCAAAAAUGGGUCCAGAAAGUGAUAGUUUAGCCGUCGUAGACCCAGAGCUACGAGUGAGAGGCGUGCGGGGACUGCGAGUGAUGGACGCCAGCGUGAUGCCGAGCAUCGUGAGGGGAAACACCAACGCGCCAGUGAUCAUGAUCGCGGAGAGAGGGGCGGAUCUCGUGAAAAAAAUUUGGGGGAAACUUGAGCGUGUAAAUCAUUCUGAGUUGUAGAUGUACAAAUGUAACUAAGUGAAGUAGGUUUUAAGGGAUAUAAGUUGUCGUAUUACAGUUGUUUUUGUUAUACUGAA